AUGACUUUCAAUCCGAACUCAGACGACCUUGAUAUUUAUGAUACCUCGGAUAUGUUAUUUCAAACAACUGAAAAGAUGGAUCUUAAUGAUCCAAAAGAAAAGGUCUUUGAACUGCAACUGGAAUUUGAAGAUUCAACAACAGGAUCAUCGGUAUCUUCAGAUCCAGAACUUGAGGAUUUCCCGAUAAGAACACUGGUAUCCCAGAAUACGGAUCCUGAGUGUUCUUCGAAAGCAGUAAAAGCAGUACUGAUAUUGCCAGACACGAGGGAUAUCGAUCCUGCGGCUCCUUUGAAUCUGACUUCCCAAAUAAUCUCAAGACCAUCAGGUGCAAGAAUGAUUAACAACAGACUGACCCUUACGAAACUAGAGAAUAAAUCAGAAGUGAUGAAUGCACUUGCCAUUAAACUUGGACUUUCUCCCGCUCUCAAGUUUUUUGAUGCCUGUUCAUUUACUGGAACGGAUUCAAUGAAGAACAUACCUCGUCCAGUCUAUGCUCUCCUAUUUUCCAUACCAUUCACGUCUACCUGGGAAUCAAUUACACGUGCAAAGGAAAUGGCAAAACCACCUUAUAAGGGAGUGGACCUGAUCAGCCUACUUUAUGAACGAUCCAUUCCCUUAGGACCUGAUGACCGAGCAACGAUGUUAUAUAACGACCAAAAUUACGAAGAUGCUCACCAGGCCAUUGCUAUUUUAGCCGAUAAAGCAUCAUCAACAGAGAAAGUUGAGAAGUCGAAACGACAUUUUGUGGCUUUUGUAAGGGGGGAAGAUGGGUCAUUAUGGGAAAUGGAUGGAAGUAGGGGGGGUCCUAUUCGUAGGGAACCAAGAUUGGAAGAGCAUGAAGAUCUUUUGACUGAUGAUAUAUUGAGAUUUUGUAUGGGAGGAUUUGUUGAUACUGAUAGUGAUGAGGAUACUAUGUGUAGUUGCAUUGCUCUUACUAAAGAUCCAACUGAGGCUGUAACUUUGCCAUUGAAUUCUCUUAGUCGCGGUCAUUUGAUGAAUGAAAGAAGUGAAGGUGUACAACCACGUACUUUUUGGGAUCCAGCUUGGUAUGGAACUGAUUGUUGGCCCUGA